CCGGUACACCAAAGAACACCAUAUAUUUUUCGGAACUCUACUUAGGAAAAUCAUUCGAUUUUAAUCACGUUCACAGUUUUUACGUUAAAAUCAAUUCUCCUGAACUAAAAAUGAAAUACCAUUUGAUUGUUAUUUUAUCACUAAUUGCUUUUUCGAAUGGAUAUAAGAUAUUGUUUUUGGUCCCGUUUCCCGGUCCCAGUCAUUGGUUUUUACUACAGACUUUUGUUAAGGAGUUGGUAAGCCGCGGCCAUGAAGUGACUGCCGUUGUAAAUAAGAAAAUUAACAACUUUAGUUCACCAAAUUACACGGAAAUUUUAAUAGAUCCCGUUCGAUUUAUCAGCCUUGCAAAAGACGACGUAUUCAGAAAAAGCAACAGAACUGAUUUUGAUACGCUUCAUUUGUAUGAACAAAUUUCAACACCAACAAGUGAUUACGGAUUAAAUCAUCCAAAUGUACAAAAGGUCAUAAACAGUGACAAUUUACAUUUCGAUUUGGUUAUUAAUGAGGAAUUUUUCCAUGAGAGUUGGCUAAUGUUUGGUUAUAAAUUCAAUGCUCCAGUUGUUACGAUUUGCACAUAUGGAUAUUCUGAUUUUUUUGAUCGAGCAAUGGGAAUGUUAUUGAUUCUUCCAUAUGGCGAUGAUAUGACGUAUUAUGAAAGAGUUUACAAUCUAAUACUGUCAUUAUACGAUUUGAUGCUUAGAGAAUGGAUUGUUUUGCCGCGACAAAAUGAGAUCGCACAGCGAUAUUUUGGACAUUUGGCACAGAAUGGCGUUAGAUUACCCUCCGUACAGGAGUUAUAUCGAAAUAUUUCGUUGAUUCUAACAAAUACGCAUCGAAGUACCUCCAAACCACGGCCACAAAUGCCAGGUAUAAUAAAUAUUGGAGGUGCUCAUAUAAAACCACUGAACUUGAAAGAAUUCCUCGACAAUUCGAAGGAUGGAGCAAUAAUCUUCUCACUCGGAUCAUUUGUUCAAUCGACUGAUAUGCCACCGGAUUCAUUGAAAUCGGUUGCAAUUGGAAAUGCACAAAUACCAUUUGCGGAUAUUACAACGGAAAAUCUUUUUUUGCGUAUAAGCGAAUUAUUAGUAAACAAGUCUUAUUACAAUCGAGCAAAAGAACUAGCACGAGUGUUUAUAGAUAACCUAGUACAUCCGAUGGACGAAUCUAUGUUUUGGAUCGAGUAUGUGGCUCGACAUAAUGGUGCUAAGCACCUGAAAUCAAAUGCAGUUCAUAUGCAGUUAUUUGAUGCUUGACAUUAUCUUGGCACCAUUUGUAAUCAUUUUUAUCACAUACACAGAGUUUUGCUCAGCGCUGCUGCCAUCCACAGCAUAUUAAAAUAUCUUGCUGAGAAUGCGUCGUCCGUCACAUGCGAAGGUACGUAGCAGUUUAUACAUCACAGCGAACAACAAUACGAAGAAAAUAACCGAUCCUAAAAUUGGCAAGAUGUAUCCAGAUGCGAACGUAAAAGAAGGCAAUGAAAUGCCAACGAGACCCAGUUCAAUUUUUGGCAUUGACGAACAAUUUAAACCGAAUAAUUAACAUAACUGUGAUAUUUAUGGAUUUUUUUUAACUUUUCAAGUUAGAUAGUUUAAGACAGUUUAGAAACAGAAAAUAUGCAAUUUUUAUAGAUUUUUUAGAUAGUAAUGACAAGUUUUUUUUUCAACAUUUGUUUUGAAGAUUUUCUCAAACAUUUCGUUUGUUAAUAUAUAUGCCAAUGACCUAAGGUAAUAGAAUGGCGAAUGCAUUUCCACAAUAAAACAGUGUCAUUUUUUGACUCUUGAUAACACAC